GGUGAGUGAGAGCUAUCCAGAGCUCUCUUGAUAUCCAUCUGACCUUCAUAAACAACCGCUUACCCUCCUUCUUCUCCUCCUCUUAACACCUUCUCUUCUAUUCAUCAAACAACUUUCUCUUGUCCGACACCAAGAGAUCCUACGGUACUCAACAACCCUCACAUUCCACCCACCCCCACCAAGUAAACAAUGGAAUUCCCCUCCAUCCGCAACCUCGCAACCCUUUUCUCCCAGCUCCCGCUCUUCUCCUCACCCCAAGCCUCCUCCUCCUCCUCCUCCUCCGCCGCCGCCAUCCAACCCUUCGCAGACACCCCCUCCUGUCCCAUCGACAGCCCAACCUCCUGCCAAUCCGACUCCGAACCCAGCUGCUGCUUCGUCUACCCCGGCGGCCAACUCCUCCAAACCCAAUUCUGGGACACGAACCCCACCGUCGGCCCCAGCGAUUCCUGGACCUUACACGGGCUCUGGCCCGACCUCUGCGACGGCACCUACGACCAAUUCUGCACCUCCGCGCCCCAAUACCACAACAUAACAUCCAUCAUCUCUGCCUCGAACAACACCUUGCUCCUCGCCGACAUGGAAAAAUACUGGCUCCCGAACCGCGGCACAUUGGAACAUUUCUGGCAGCACGAGUGGAACAAGCACGGGACGUGCAUCAACACAUUAUCCCCCUCCUGCUACGGUUCCAACUACUCUCCCGGUCAAGAAGUGGUAGAUUUCUUCGCUAGGGCCGUGGAGCUGUUUAAGGGGUUGGAUACGUAUAAAGCGUUGGAAGCUGCUGGUAUCGAACCUUCGUAUCGGAAAAAAUACACGUAUGCUGAAAUCGAAGACGCUCUUACCAGUGUGACGGGCAGCGCGGUGGUGUUGGGGUGUAGUAGAGGGGGCGUGUUGGAUCAGGCGUGGUAUAGUUUUCAUGUGAAGGGGAAUUUGCAGGGGGGCGAGUUUGUGGCGACGCCGCCGGCGGGGAAGGGGGGGAGGGGGAGUUGUCCGGAGAGGGGGAUAAGGUAUUUGCCUAACUUUUGCUGGGUAUGGUAUGAAUAG